AUGGGUUCACUCUACAGAUCCGAACAAAUGCGAUUUUGCCAAAUGAUUGUGCAGAAAGAUGCCGCAUUUGCAUGUGUCGCUGAAUUGGGAAAGCGGCCGUAUGUACAAUUCAAGGAUUUAAAUGCCGCAGUAAAUCCAUUUCAACGAAUUUUCGUUAGAGAUGUUCGACGAUUUGAUGAACUCGAGCGAAAAUUAAGAGCAAUCGAGAAUGAUAUAAAUGAUGCUGGUAUUGAUAUCGUUAAGGCAGUUCCAGAUAAGACUUAUGAAGUAAUGCCUCCACAUGAAUUAAAUCAUUUGGAGUCAACGCUUGUGGACUUGGAGCGUGAUGUUAAUAAUAUGAAUGAAAGCGAUAUCUUAUUGAAAAGAAACAAUUUAGAACUAAAAGAAUGGGAAGCAAUCUUGGAAAAAACUGACCAAUUUUUUCAAGGAGGAAUUAGCGAUGUUGCAAUGCAAGAAAUCGAUGCUGUGGAAGGUGAAGAAGUAAAUAUCAUUAUGAAAACGCAGGAACCAAUUGGAUUUUGUACUGGAGUGAUAAAUCGUGACCGGGUGAAUGCAUUUGAAAGGGUACUAUGGCGUGCAUGUCGACGAACUGCAUUCGUGCGAACUGUUGAGAUUGAGGAGGAACUUGUUGAUCCUGACACGGCAACUAAGCUAGAUCGGCACGAAGCACUACGCGAAGUUCGAGCUCGUAUACAAGAUUUAACAACAGUGAUGGCUCAAACUCAAGAACACCGUUACCGAGUACUAAAAGCCGCUUCUUAUAAUUAUUAUGAAUGGCAAAAACAAGUAAGAAUGCAAAAAGCCGUAUAUCAAACAUUAAAUCUCUUUACCUUCGACAGUAUCGGGAAAUUUUUUGUUGCUGAAUGUUGGGUUCCUUUGGCUGAUUUGGAAAAUGUUCGAGAAGCACUUGAGCGAGCAGUGGAAGCUCAAGGGAGCUCUGUAAAACCAGUACUUAAUUUGUUGGAAACGGCAGAAGAGCCACCUACAUACAAUAGAGUCAAUAAGUUUACUGCAGUCUUCCAAAGUAUUGUAGAUUCAUAUGGGAUUGCCUCAUAUUUGGAAGUAAAUCCAGAAAAGAAUCUUAUGAAUCGUAACAUUGAUGAUGAAAUAUUCAGUAUGUUUUUCGGUGGACGUUACAUUAUUUUAUUAAUGGGUUUAUUCUCCAUUCACGCUGGAAUAUUAUACAACGAUGCGUUCUCAAAAUCGUUCAAUAUUUUUGGUUCAUCAUGGCGUAUUCCUUUCCCUAUGACCGAAAUCGAUUCAUGGAUUGGUAAAACGAAGGAGAUGGAUGUUGAAUUGCCUCCAGAUCCAUCAUUUGAGCAUAAUCGUGGACCAUAUCCAUUUGGAAUUGAUCCUAUAUGGAAUUUGGGAGAAAAUAAACUGAAUUUUCUCAAUUCAUUAAAAAUGAAACUAUCAGUUAUUAUUGGUAUUUCACAAAUGACUUUCGGCGUUAUACUUUCAUUAAUGAAUUACAGAUUCUUUAAAUCAAAUAUUGAAAUUUUCACCGUGUUCAUUCCUCAACUAAUUUUCAUUAGCUUUAUUUUCAUAUAUCUUUGCAUACAAAUUAUAUUAAAAUGGAUUUUUUUCUGGGUUAGAGAAGAAUAUGUAUUUGGAAACCUCUAUCCAGGAUCGCACUGUGCACCCUCGCUGUUGAUUGGCCUCAUCAACAUGGUUAUGUUCAAGGAUCGCGAAAUCGGCUUUGUAAACAUGACGAACAUAAUUGAAGAGAAAGAUAAUAAAACGAUAUAUGCUGAAUAUGUAAAUUGCUAUUUAGGACAGUGGUAUCCUGGACAAUCCAUUAUCGAAGCGUUUCUCGUUGUUAUUGCCGUGCUUUGCAUUCCAGUGAUGUUAUUCGGUAAACCAUUGUAUUUUUUGCUGAAGCGAAGGAAAUCAAAGCAAGCAGUCGCCGAUAAAUUGGCAAGGAACAUGCUUUCAUUCACCAUCAAAUUUAUUAUCACCACUGAGGAAUCAUUCCAGGAGUUUGGCGAUCUAAUGGUACAUCAAGCAAUUCAUACAAUUGAAUAUGUGCUGGGUUGUAUUUCGCAUACAGCUUCGUAUCUUCGAUUAUGGGCAUUAUCGUUAGCGCACGCUCAAUUAUCUGAGGUGCUUUGGGAAAUGGUUCUACGAAUUGCAUUCAAGUUAUCAGGAGUUGGCGGUUAUAUAGUUCUCUAUUUGAUAUUUUUCAUAUUCGGUGUACUUUCGAUUUCAAUUUUAGUACUUAUGGAAGGUUUAUCCGCAUUCCUUCACGCUCUGCGACUUCAUUGGGUCGAAUUUCAGUCCAAAUUUUAUCUUGGUCUUGGAUAUCAAUUCGUUCCAUUUUAUUUCAGAGAUGUCCUCGAAAGAAUCAAAACUUCUGACAAAUAA